AAGAAAAGAAAAGAAAAGAAAAGAAAAUGAAGGAAAAGAAAGCAGAAAGCACAACAAAAAGGCACAGUGAGAAUAGAAAAUUCUCUAAAUAACUGAAAAAACAGAAGUUAGAAGCGAAAAUUUGAGUCAGACAUGAAUGUUUGUUCUGGUUGGAGAAGAAAAAGGCAGUCUUUGGUUCAAUCGCUCUUUUCGCUCCCUUCACAGAAACAAGAAAGAGAAAAAAAAGAAAAGAAAAGAUAACAAGAAAACAAGAGAGAGAGAGAGAGAGAGAGAGAGAGAGAACACCACCAUUGUUGUAGGAUUUCACAUUCUAUGAUUCUUUCUGGUAACAAACACAUUUUCCUCAUCUAAGCUGUUCAUGAUUUCUCUCCAAACGAAUCCCAAAUCCAAGAGCUCAUGCAUUUAUCAAUCACUUUUAUCCUACAAUAGCAUGUGAAGGUGAAAAAAAUCGACUCCAUAUCACGGAAGAAAAGAAAAAAAGAUGAGCAAAGAACAAAGCGGAGUUAUAAAGGCAUGGGAAGCCACUUUACGCAAGACUCAGGCCGCCAAGAAAAGAGCAAACAGCAUCUUUGGCACCGUCUCUGUAGCCCAUGCAGAUGACGAAAAUGAAGAAGAUCAUGAUCAUAAUAAUGGAGGUGUCGCUCUGGAAUCUUACCAAGCAGAGAAAGUCUUGCCUAAUGGAGAUUACUAUACCGGCCAAUGGUACGAUAAUUUCCCUUGUGGACAAGGUAGAUAUCUAUGGACAGAUGGGUGCACGUAUGUAGGGGAAUGGAAUAAAGGAAAAACCAUGGGAAGAGGAAAGUUUAGUUGGCCUUCAGGAGCUACUUACGAAGGAGAGUUCAAAAGUGGAUAUAUGGAUGGAAAUGGUAUAUAUACAGGGCCUAGUGGUGAUACCUAUAAAGGACAAUGGAUCAUGAACUUGAAGCAUGGUCAUGGAGUAAAGAGUUUCGCUAAUGGAGAUUUAUAUGACGGCGAAUGGCGCCGUGGAUUGCAGGAAGGACAUGGAAAAUAUCAGUGGACGAAUGGUAAUCAUUAUAUUGGUGAUUGGAAGAAUGGAAAGAUCUGUGGUAAAGGGACUUUUGUGUGGAGUAAUGGGAACAGGUAUGAUGGGAAUUGGGAAGAUGGUGUGCCUAAAGGCAAUGGAACAUUCAAAUGGCCUGACGGAAGCUUCUACGUAGGGAAUUGGAGCAAGGAUCCUGAAGAACAAAAUGGGACUUAUUAUCCUUCAGGAUCAUCCACAGAACAGAAUCUUGAAUGGAAUCCUGAAGAUGUGUAUAAGAUUCAUUUAUCUGAAUCUCAGAUUUGUCCUGGUGAGAAGGUUUCAAUCUUGCCAUCACAAAAGAGGCUUGCGGUUUGGAAUUCGUCAAAAGGUGGAGGUGAGAAGCCUAGGAGGAUGUCUGUUGAUGGAAGGGUAAGUGUAGGUGUAGAAAGGCCAUUUGAUAGGAUGAAUUUGUGGGAAGCAGAGGAUGUUGAUGGAAAUGAUAAGAAUCCAAUGGUUGGGAAACCUUUGGAAGCUGAUUUGUUAGGUUUAUAUGUUGAUGAAGGGUUUCCAAAAAGGCUUCCAAUAAAGGUACCAAAAUUUGUGAAGAGACAAGGAGAAACAAUAUGCAAAGGACAUAAGAAUUAUGAGCUUAUGCUCAAUCUCCAACUUGGAAUCAGGCAUUCUGUUGGAAGACCAGCUCCAGUUGCAUCCCUUGAUUUGAAGGCUUCAGCCUUUGACCCCAAGGAGAAAGUAUGGACAAGAUUUCCUCCAGAAGGAACAAAGCAUACUCCUCCUCACCAGUCUUCUGAAUUUAAAUGGAAGGACUACUGCCCAUUGGUUUUCAGGACUCUAAGGAAGCUAUUCAAGGUGGAUCCAGCUGAUUACAUGUUAUCUAUAUGUGGGAAUGAUGCACUUCGUGAACUUUCCUCUCCUGGAAAAAGUGGUAGCUUCUUUUACUUGACCAAUGAUGAUCGCUAUAUGAUAAAGACAAUGAAGAAAGCAGAAGUAAAAGUGCUUAUAAGGAUGCUUGCCGCCUAUUACAACCAUUUUAGAGCUUUUGAGAACACUUUAGUUACCAAAUUUUUUGGUCUGCACUGUGUGAAGCUAACUGGCCCUACCCAGAAGAAGGUACGAUUCAUCAUUAUGGGGAAUCUCUUUUGUUCCGAGUACACCAUCCAUAGACGUUUCGACUUGAAGGGAUCUUCACUUGGUCGAAUAACAGAUAAACCUGAAUCAGAGAUUGAAUCAACAACUAUCCUUAAAGAUUUAGAUCUGAAUUUCAUAUUCAGACUACAGAAAUCAUGGUUUCAAGAGUUUUGCAGGCAAGUAGAUAGAGAUUGUGAGUUUCUUGAACAGGAGAGGAUUAUGGACUACAGCUUGCUAGUGGGUCUUCACUUUAGAGAAGUAUCACAUAGUGGGGACCUGAUUCCUUCUGCUUCUCGUAUUAAUUCUGGAGGUGAGACUGAGAGUGAUGGAGGUCCGCGCCUUUCAAGAGCCGAUAUGGAUCAUCUUCUUCUAGACCCAGCCAGGUGGGCUCGGAUUAGAUUGGGUGUAAACAUGCCAGCACGAGUGGAAAGAACUAUGAGAAGAAAUGACUGUGAAAUUCAACUUGUAGGAGAACCAACAGGAGAGUAUUAUGAUGUGAUAAUGUUUUUUGGUAUCAUAGACAUACUUCAAGACUACGACAUUAGCAAGAAGCUUGAGCAUGCGUACAAAUCCAUCCAGUAUGAUCCCAGUUCAAUAUCAGCUGUUGAUCCUAAGCAAUAUUCAAGACGCUUUCGUGACUUUAUUUUCAAGAUUUUUACAGAAGAAACUUGAAGCGUGAUCUUCUGCCAAAUAGAAGCUAAAAUGAUAGUGAAGCUGGAAAAUAACAGAAGUUGGCUACCAAAGUUGAUUUCCAAGUUCUUCAAGCCAAUUUUGUUUGCUUUAAAUCAUUUGUUUUUCUUUGAAUAUGAAUGUUAUAGAUCUCUAUUAAUAUAUAUUGGUAUAGGGAUAGAUAAUAUAUACUGUAGCCAGAGAGCAAUGCACGUAUAUGACAUAUUAUACAUCUGUGUAACUGUAUUAGAAUUUAUUGUUUUUAAAUCAAUUCAUUCUUCAGAGGAGAUAAUCCGGUUUCCUUGAAAGUUAAGAAUUUAU